UUCAUUGAAGUUUCUGAAUUACGACGACAACCUGUCGUCAGAUGUUGGCUUUGCGUCAAUGUAAGGGAGCUAUUUUAAUUUCGAAUUUCAGACGACCCUGAUGUACUCUAUAAGAUAUACAGUUAGUAUUUCAUUUCAAUUGAUCUGUGAAUUUGGAUUCUUCAGAAGACAGUAAAUAAUUUGAAAGAUGUGUGAACCAAAAUAUUAUGGAAAAAGAAGGAGCAUCGUCCGUAGAAUUGGUUCAUUUCUGCCUUUGAAACCACCACCAAAAAUAUACGUCAGUGUUACACCUUUACAUUCAAUGACAAAUUCUAUGAUCAAUGAAGAAACCAGCAGUGAUUACAAAAAUACAAAUGGAUUUGAACAAGCAAGGUUCUCUAAUAUCAGGCCAGAUUUAUUGGAACCACUUAGUUUUGGGUCUGAAGUUCGGUUGCUAGCAUUAGAACAGGAACUUCAAGAACUUAGGGAACAAGUAUCGGCGAUUGUUAAAAGCAAUAAGCAAUCUAGAUACACGUCCACUGCAUCUCUAGCAAAUGGUAAUAAUGAAAAUGCUACACAGAUACAGUCACCGCCACCGCCACCGCCACCACCAUUACCACCACCUACAACUCCUCAUAUUGCAAGGAGAGCAAGUUUACAAGAACAUAAAGUUGAAGAACACAAAAAACCAUUAAAUUCACAAGCAUCUAUGAUCGAUGUUUUCAAAAAUAUUGAGGGCAUUCAACUAACUUCGGUUGCUAAGUCUCCAAGAGGACGAACUUUUCAUAUGAAACGUGAGAACAGUCCUUGUAAUGACUUGCUAGAGAUAUUGCGAAAACGAUAUGUACCAACGAAUUCUGGCAACACUAGGAAUUCUACAGUUAAUUUGGCACUGGGCGAUUCUCUACCAAGUGAUGCAUGAAGACAUUCUAUUGAAAGUUUUUCGAAUGAGCAUCGUGUGAGAUACAUGUGCCAUAUAUUGUUUCGGACGGUGUUAGUAACAGGCUAAUGAAUUUAAUGGUUAGUUUUAAGACAGAUGUGCAUUGAAAAUGCAUUGCAAGGGGUAUGAAUGAUGUAAAGCUGAUAUGGCUGAAACCAUUGAAAUUGUGAUUAACGGUUUUAUUUCACAAAUUAACUUUUACAUUGUGAUCUUAAUCACAUUAUCCAAAGAUGUAAUUAAUUGCAUCGUAAGCACAGACUAACAAAUUGAGUUGUCGAUUAAUAGCAUUGUGUAAGAUACAUAUGUUCAAAUUGUGUAAAGUAUAUAAGUUUACAUUUUCUUAACGACAUAGGAAUAUGGAUUAUUUAAUUCGAAGUAGUAAAAAACAAAUCUUGUUGAAAUGUAUAUAUUGUAACGCAUGUCCUAAAAACUUACAUUUUUUUAUUAAUUCGAAAAGUUCGUGAACCACGAAGUUUUUUGGAUUGUAGUAAGUAAUAUUGUAGUUCUCUUUGUGCAAACAAUUCACUAUUUUUAUUUAUUCUAUGAAACACAAUCGCAUUGAUUAAAAGAGUUUCGUUUACCCAACUAACGUUUUUGCAUUUGCUGAAGAAAUAAAUCAUUCAGUAAGUUUUUAGCGAUCAGUUUUGAUAUGAAAAGGUACAUAUCUGAGAUUUUUAAAAAUUUAUUGCUCAAUAUUGUUGAAGUGUAGCUUUUUACUUUCUGCCUGAGAACUACAUUUACGCUUCACUUUAGAUGAGAACUAGUAUUUAUUUUAACUUUGAUGAAACGCAGUGUCUCGGACACUGCUUUCUAGAGCCAUAUUAGAUUAUUUUAAAUUAUGUACGUUCAAAAUGUCUCAAUUCUUAGGCAGGAAUGUUGUGAUAUUAAAGUCAUGGAAUUACGUUUAUGCAUUAGAUUCUGCUGUAGAGAACAGUACACAUAUUCUCUGUAAGUAAGAGCACAGGCUUUCCACGCAAUGAUCAGUCGUACAGUUACAUUUAUGGCAUACAUUAUAUAUAACACAUGUUUUCACAGUACCGAGUAAACGAACAUUUAAUAGAAUAUGCACACAAUGAGAUGACAACACGGAUUAUGUCUUAUGACAUUAUGCUCUUAAAAUAUCACUGUGUGAUAAAUUUUACGUUUGCCUGACUUGCGGCUGCUCUUAUAAAGAAUCUAGGAACAAAUGUAGUACAUAAUUGUCACAAUGAUUUGUGAUUAAUCAAAGAUUAACAUACUUUCAGUUGGUAUUCUUUAUCGAAGUAACAUUUAACGUUUGCUUUCAACAAUUUUUUGACACUGACGUAUUUAAGGAACGUAAUCUUCUGUUGAAAGGGAUGUCAUAAUAGAUUUUGGAGACUGAGUGUAUCUUUAACGAUAUUAAAAAAUGUACAGAAGAUCUGUUUUAUACAUGAAGCUUUUAUCAAUAAUUAACAAAAAAUAAACGUUAUUGUUGAACAACAAA